AGGUUUGGUCUCCACAACUGUUUAUUAGAAACGGAAGUGGACAUGUUUUAUCCCGUGUGUAUCAUGUCCCGUCUGCAGCUUGUUGACAUGACAUCUGAGGUCACCACUAACGUUUCAUGGGUGUUUAUUCGGCAAACAUUAUAAUAUGAGACGAGCGAAUCAGAGCUGCACCAUUCUUACCUGUCAUGCGAAGGUCGAUGUCAAGUAAACCAUCCGGGAGCGUGUGCGUUAUUACCUAUAGGGAUAUUCUUUACCCUCACACACUGACGGGAUCUCGAGUGGAUUUCCUCUCUCGCACAGCCAAGAACCUUUGAAGACCUAGCGAGCAUAUCACAACAGUCGACAUGAAGUCUUUCGACGAGAUCCUGCAUGAAGUUGGGGAAUUAGGAACUUAUCAGAAGAGGCUCCUGUUUUUCAUUUUUCUCCCCACACUGGUGACAGCCUUCCUGACACUUUCCGGUGUCUUCACACUGUACAUACCCCCUCACAGAUGUGCAGUCCCCGGCCUCAGUAACGACACCUACGCCAUACAGGGAGACAACCAUCGUCGUCUGGUCAACUUGACCAUUCCCAUUAAAGAUGGCGCAUACUCCAAAUGUGAUGUCUACACGGAUGACGUCACAGACCUUGCUAAAAGGUCAGACAACUCCAGUCAGUCCCAGUGUGGAGAAUGGGUGUACGACAAAUCAAUGUUUACAUCCACCAUAACAGAAGAUCUUAGCUUGGUGUGUGACAAUAAAGUGAUGCGGUCCCAUUCCAACAUGGUGGUGAUGGCGGGGAAGCUUGUUGGCUCCUUUGGGCAGGGUCUCAUCAGCGACAUGUUCGGGCGGAAGAAAGCGUUGAUGAUGUUCUUGUGUGUGAUGAUUUGUGUCGGCUUCCUCAACUACGUCAUCCAAGACUUCGCCUCCCUCAUCAUCAUCCGCUUCCUCUCCGGCUUUGGGUCAACAUCUGUAUACAUUGCCACUUUCGUCUUGGGAAUGGAACUGGUUGCUCCUUCCAAACGCUUGUACCCUGGGAAUUUAGUCCUGUUUUUUUGGGUGACGGGGAUGCUUCUGAUGUCGGGUGUGGUCUACUUUAUCCGAGACUGGCACAACUAUGUCCUCACUUUAGCAUGUGCUCCAGUCCUCUUUCUUUCCUACUGGUGGUUUAUACCCGAGUCUCCAAGGUGGCUUAUAUCCAAAGGCAGGUUUGGAGAAGCAGAAGUCAUCAUCCGGAAGUUUGCGAAAGUCAACAAGACCACAGUUCCGGAAAAUAUGUUUGAUGGCAAAUAUGUGGAGGAGACUAAAGCUCCAACAGGAAAACUGUCUGAGCUGCUGACAAACAGAACCCUGGCCAUACGCAGCUUCAUACUCUUAUUUCAUUGGGCUGUGUGUAGUCUGACCUACUACGGCUUAACACUGAACGUCACCAACCUCAGUGGCAACGUCAUCAACAACUUCGUUUUUUCUGCGCUGGUGGAGGUGGCUGGGUAUCUGCUGACACUGUUUCUGCUCGACAGAGUUGGACGGAAGUGGCUCCAUUGCGGCUUCUUCCUGGGCGGGGGCCUUGCGUGUCUCGCAACCAUCUUCCCAGUCCUCUAUGCUGGAGAGGACGCGAAGUGGACGCUCGUAUUGCUGUCCCUGAUUGGCAAGAUGGGAGCGUCAGGAGCCUUCGCCACCGUCUACAUCUACACCGCCGAACUCUUUCCAACUCCCGUCCGCAAUGUCGGGCUUGGGGCCGGGAGCAUGUGCUCGAGACUUGGGGGUGUCAUUUCUCCCUACAUUGUAGAUCUGGGCAUCUUGGUGGAGGGAGGGUUUGGAGAAGCUCUUCCCCUCAUGGUGUUUGGUGGUGCGGCGGUAUUGGCGGGAGUGUUGACCUUCUUCCUCCCGGAGACCCUCAACCAAGACCUGCCAGAGACGAUUGAGGACGCCAAGAACAUUGGCCGAACUCGGGCCAAGUCUGCUUCAAAUGUUUACGAAAUGAGGAAGUCACUGGAUGGCCGGGACAUUGCUGUGUUUGCUCUGUCUAUCAAGAACAGAGACUGAAAUAGUUAUAACUGUCCCUGUCCACAUGUAACAAAGAUAUUUGGAUUAAAAACGUACUUGAACAAUCUG